CACCCGCCGUGCUGCAAGCGCGUUGGGCACCCGACGUCAUCGAUUGUGGUUCGUACUUUGUUGUUUUCCUCGCAAGACGCUGAUCGUCACACUGCCACCCCCGCUGUUCGACGACGAUCCAAAUUGUUCGGUACUCUCAACUAUAACCACGAAGAGCUCCAGCAUGUCGGAUGUUACACCAGGACAGGUGGAGAGGCUGGAUCGUCACCGGAGGCUGCAGAUCGCUAUGGAGCUCGUUCUCGCAAAGUUGAGACAUGAUGCUGAAAGCAUUACCACAGUAGAUGCUCAGAUUCUUGCGGACCAUGCCGAAGAUGGGGAUCAAUGGACAGCUGACAUCAUUGCUGCUGUCGCAGACCUCGCCAUACGUAACGAGGACGGGGAGUCAGCUCUGGAAGACGACCGCUCAUCCAUGGUCCACCUGCCUAAUGCCGUCGAGGACCUCCACGCUGCAGUCAAAGCCAAUCCCAAGAGUGUUACAACAGAUGUCCUUCGGACCACACAGAGCAUCGUUAGCAUCAUGCAGAAAGCCAUUGGUCACACGAAUGCACCUCAUCCAGAGCUGGAGGCUGAGCUCCAACAGGAGUACGCUAAGAUAAUACCCAAAGUUGAGCGUGGCAUUGUCACUAAGGCCGAGGCUGACCGCCUGCAUUCUCUGGAAGCCCGAGCCCAUGGUCAUACAGAGAGGGGCGGACUGACUGCCAUAGCUCAGUCUGUAGUAGCAAGACGUCAACGACAAGUUUCGAUCAGCAGCGCCUCCCCGGAGACCAGGCCGCGUAUCGAUAGCCGUAUCUUCAUGCCACAUAGGCAGCUUCAUCACAAAGCUGACGCCGAUCUGCCUGAAACCGAGACCGAGAUUCGUACGGUCCAUAUCGAUACUGCUGGGUUAGACUCAGCCCAUUCAAGGCGACAGCGCUCGCCAGAAAAGAGUGCUGUAGUACCGUCGAACUCUUCUAUGAGGCGGUACUAUUCACUCAGCGACUCUACCAACGCUACUCGUGGCGACAGCAGGCACGAUGUCACGUACCCCAAGUUCCACAACUACGGUUCUGCCGACACAGGCGGCGGUGAUACCGAGAACUCUCCUCAUACGAACAAGCGGGAGAAUGACCAACCUGUCGUGUGAUCUGGCGACGAAAGAGUGUGGUUCAGAUGAUGCGAUGUCUCGACCUAGACUUUCAUGUCGAUCGAGGAAGGACUGGUGUCUUCAGCCCCAAAGCACUUGAACACGAUCACUCCUAUUACAAAAUCGAGUUAUGCGUGUCAUUGUUAUUGCA